CCCGGAGCCUGGGCGGAGAGGGAGGAAAACUUCCUGGCCUGGGCUCCGGGCCGCGCCGUCUGCCAGCCCCGCGGUCCCGCCCACCGGCGCCUUCCCUGGCUCCCCAGUGUCCGCCAUGGCCAAAGCCUACGACCACCUCUUCAAGUUGCUGCUCAUCGGGGACUCGGGGGUGGGCAAGACUUGUCUGAUCAUUCGCUUUGCAGAGGACAGCUUCAACAACACCUACAUCUCCACCAUCGGAAUUGACUUCAAGAUCCGCACUGUGGAUGUAGAGGGGAAGAAGAUCAAAUUGCAGGUCUGGGAUACAGCCGGCCAAGAGCGAUUCAAGACGAUAACUACUGCCUAUUACCGUGGAGCCAUGGGCAUUAUCCUAGUAUAUGACAUCACAGAUGAGAAAUCCUUCGAGAAUAUUCAGAAUUGGAUGAAAAGCAUCAAAGAGAACGCCUCUGCUGGGGUAGAACGCCUGCUGCUGGGGAACAAGUGUGACAUGGAGGCCAAGAGGAAGGUGCAGAAGGAGCAGGCUGUCAAGCUGGCUCGGGAGCAUGGGAUCCGAUUCUUUGAGACAAGUGCCAAAUCCAGCACAAAUGUGGAUGAGGCUUUCAGUUCCCUGGCCCGGGACAUCUUGCUCAAGUCAGGAGGCCGGAGACCGGGAAACAGCCACAAGCCCCCUGGCACUGACCUGAAAGCUUGUGACAAGAAGAACACCAGCAAGUGCUCCCUCGGCUGAGGACCCU